UCCACAUACACAGGGAGCUGAAGAGAGGGAAUACGUAAUGGUUUGAUUCCCCGUGCCCUUGCAAUGGUCGUCAUUCUGACAUUACUUGGCGAUUUCCUCCACCGGGAGUUGCAAUGAAGGCAGGGGCCUCGUCCAUGUGGGCGUCAUGCUGCGGGCUGCUGAACGAGGUGAUGGGCACGGGCACGGUGCGGGCGCAGCAGCCAGGGUUCGGAGCAGGGGCAGGGCCUUUCCGCUUUGCCCCCAGCGCUGGGUACUCUACCUACCCCCCCACCAGCUCAGGGAGUGCCGGACAGUUAUGUAAGGCCUGCGGUCUGGCCUUUUCUGUCUUCAGACGCAAGCACAUCUGCUGUGAUUGUAAGAAGAGUUUCUGUGCCCUGUGCUCAGUGCUACAGGAGAACCUGCGCUGUUGCACCACCUGCCACCUGCUACGUGGCACAGCCUUCCAGAGGCCACGGCUCAUGCAGCUCCGCGUAAAAGACCUGCGCCAGUACCUGCUGCUGCGCAACAUCCCAACAGACACUUGCAGAGAGAAAGAGGACCUGGUCGACCUGGUGCUCUGUCAUCAGGGGGCAGGGGAGACCCCAAGACCCUUGAUGGAGGAGGAGGAGGAAGAGGAAGAGGACGAUGAGGAGGCACAUGAGGAGGAGGAGGAGGAGGAAGAAGAGGGAGGAGCUGACACAGACAGUCUGCACUCACCUCCCCACUCGCUGCACACCUCCCCCCACUCUGCUACACGUUCGGCCUCUGAACAGUCGGCCCUGUCUGCCUCUCAGGGAGAUGUGCUCAGCCGGAGUGACAGCUCAGGGACAACCAGCCAGGAGCAUGGGGAUACUCCAACAGUGUCGCUGUUGAACCUGGAGCCCACUGAAAAUAUCAUAGAGGUCAGCCCAGCAACACAGAGGAGGAUCAGGGCCUCCCUCUCUGAUCUGGACAAUGAAGAGGCUAUAGAAAACCUCUCUGUCCGCCAGCUCAAAGAGAUUCUUGCCAGGAAUUUUGUCAAUUACUCUGGCUGCUGUGAGAAAUGGGAGCUGUUGGAACGAGUGCAUCGCCUAUACAGAGAAAAUGAGCAGAACAGGAAAUCUAUGGAAAAUGUGAGCAACAGCAUAACUGCAGUGGUAGCAUAUCCUCCACGUCUCUGCAACAGUGGAGUCGGAGAUGGUGUAAGAGCUCAGCUGGCCUCCGAUGACAACCUGUGUCGUAUCUGUAUGGAUGCUGUCAUUGACUGUGUCUUGCUGGAAUGUGGUCACAUGGUAACCUGUACCAAAUGUGGAAAGAGGAUGAGCGAGUGCCCCAUCUGCAGGCAGUAUGUGGUGCGGGCUGUGCACGUCUUCAAGUCUUAAAACUCUGUGUGCAUGUUGGAGCUGCCUCAGGCAUGCACAUGCUCAAACCUUGAGUUAACAGUAAGAAUGAACGGGCUGUGCAUGUCCCCCAGGGCCUAACGAGGCAGCGGGCAUGUGCAUCCCCCUGUCUUUAUGCCUAGCUCGGGCCUCGAAGCCAGACCGUUGCCUAUGGCCUACCACAGUUUGUUUUCCCCAACUAACUCUUGCUCCAGCCCCCCCAGCCCCCCAGCCCCCCAGCCCACCCCCCCGGACUCUCAGCUGCACUGGGACACACUCUUUCUUUUGUCUCUCAUAACCACAGCCAAACCCCAACACCACUUGCUACUCUGUUUUCCAAUCCUUUCCAGUGUUUCUUUCUUUUAAUUUAGUUUAUAUAUUGCUGAUUUACAAGCAGGGAGAGAAAAGAAGGGGUUAAGUGGUGACCACUGCUCUUUGUGGUGAAGAAGCUGCAGUGGAGUGAUGAAAGAGACACUAUCCCAGGGGUCAGUGUCGACAUGGUUUACACAUUCAUGCCACGACACACCAUGUAUGUCCGUCAGUGUUCUUUAGGAUGUGCAAUAUCAGAAAAAACUAUACUUCUGUGUGUAUGAGGAACUGUCUUUUCAUUUAUCAGAAUAGCGCUAACAGAGUACUUGCACCGUGUCAUCUUGUCUUACACACUGCAGGGUAUAAGGUGCCAAACUCCAUGCCUUCAGUCAGUUGUAUUUGGUAAGGUUUCACAAAAUAUGCAUCUCAUAACCAGCAAGGGUGAUAGUUUACUUGAUUUUUUUCAAAGGAACAAUAGAAAUUAAGUGUUUACAUUUAAACCUUUUAACACCCUCACUGUGCAGUCUGAUCUGAUCAUUAUUUUGUUGCCCUCUCAUCUAAAAAUACAUGCAGAAAUGUAAGGUCAUAUUGAGAGAGACCAUUUAUGCAGGUCUGCUGAAGUAACCUACAGUAUACCAUCAUUGUAUAUCUGUACAUCAUUUCCAUGUCAGAUUUUUUCCCUAUACAUUCUUGAUUUUAAAUAACUUAAACCAAGCAAUUUCUUUCUAUUCCCAAAGUCUACAAAGUGUCUUGUUUGCUUGUGUUGUUCAUUUAUGGUGUUGAAACAUAUACAGUAGGUUAUCAGGUGCUACUUCCUCUGUUCUGAGCUUAAUAUCAGCAUAUACCUUUUUGUGAUGUUGUUGAGAUGUCCUUUAUAUCCAGUCUACUAUGAGAGGGAGAUGAAGCAGAUUUCCAAACCUGAUUUACUUUGACCUGUUUAUGCAAAUGAAACACUUGUUUUCCUGUCAUAAGGUCCAGUUUACUCAAAUGUCACUAAAAUAAUAUGUAUGCCUGCGGUAUGUUAACAUAGACAAAACAGCUGAUCACUGUUAAGUGAGUCUUAUAGAUAGCUUAUAUUGUUCUUUACUGAUAACUUGUUAUUAUUAAAUGUAUAUUUUUCCAUUUAUUUGGGAGAUUGAAUUUCUUUAAAAUUCUAAUUAGUGUGGAGGUGAAAUCUGCCAUUUUUCAGAAUGUAUAUCCACUGGAUUUGGUCAGAUGCAUUUCUCACUCUCCAGUAAGAAAAAAAAAAAAUCCUCUGAUCAUGUCACAUCUCACAAUUAAAGCUGAGUCAUGAUCUUGCUUUCUAGCAUUUUUGUCCUAGUCUGCUUGAGAUCCAAAACUGGCAUUGACACUUGCACUGUAACAAACACUGUCACUCUGUAAGCCUGUUUGUUGAUGCUGCUGUUUCUCAAAGAUGUCAUUCAUGGGCAGCUGUAUCAGAGUAGGGGGAUAUCACGAGCACUCAUAAUCCUGAAUCUUUAUAUUUUGGAAUGUUGAACCUUUUUAUUUUGGUAAACAAGAGAAAAUUAUUUAUUAGAUUCAAUAAAAUGCAGUACUUUAAACCAGUAAGUAAAACCCUGCUCUUCUUUCUGCAGUGAGUGAUAUUGAGCAUUCAGUUUAAUCUUAAGCUAUCAAUAUUGGUUGGCAGUGGCUGGCACAUGGUAAAUUUCCCCUUAUAACUACCGACAUGAAAAAUAUGAAAACUAUUGUUAAAUAUUUGUUUACCAACUCAUAUAUAUAUAUAAAAUUACAUCAUUAGGCAUGAAAAUUAUUGAGUUGUGUUGUACUGACUCUUAGAUUUUGUAUUUUAGAUUUUGUAUUGGUAUCUGAUUUUUUUCACCAAAUUGUUGUAUUAGUGCCUAAAACUGUCAUAUGGUGUGACAUGAAAGUUAUUGUAUAUCAAAUGAAAAUGGAGUAUAGUUUUCUUGAGUAAAUCAUUUUAUCACAAUUCUUUAUCCUGCAUUUCCUGGUUCAAAUCCACUGAAUUUUGUAUUAUUUUUCUAAAUUAUCAUGCAAAAUAAGGCAUCUAUCCUAAAUCUUUCACUAUAUUUUAGAUAAAUUCUGACAAACUGUUGUAAAUCUAAACAAAAUGCCUGUGACUCUUGCUAAUAUUGUUUUCCAUGUGUUCCACUGAGAUUUUUAGGAUUCAUCACUAACAAAGCCUUUUUAUUGUCAUAGUUUUCAGUGUCACACCAAAUGACAUUGUGUCACACCACAGGAUGAACUGCACCACACCACUAUUUGUCAAUGCAAAACUGCGUAUUUUUCAGUUCAAGAAAAAUCACACAAAAUGUGGAACAUUGUGCCACUAAACAUUGUACAGCAAAUAAUUACUGAUAACAAAUUUAAAUUUUCAGUUUUAAUUUCAACUGAUUUCAUUUAUUACAACUGUAAAUGAGUAAAUGUGUUAAAAAGCAA